AUGAGCAGCACUCAAGAUGGGUCCAAACUGGGGAAAGCAUUCUCUGUCCCCACCCACAACCCGCAGCAGCCGGGCGCCAAGCCCCUCCAAGGACCGGGGCUAUUUCAGCCUCUCCACAGCAUCCCUAACUACGUCGACGAAUUCAAGUACGGGUUCCCAGUGGACGGCUUAUCGUUGACCACUCGACAGUGGUGGGGAAGUGGCAGCGAUGAAGGUGCGCAGGAGGCGUUAGAGCCAGAAUCUACAGACGAAGAUGAGAAGUCAAGGUCUGAUGGCUCAUUCUCCAGCUCUCCUGAUGAAUCCAACAGCGCUGCAUCUUUUCUGUGCUCUGUGAGGAGGCAGGCUGUAAACGACGGGGAGGAGUCGAUUAAGCUUGGCGUCUCCAGGGGCUACGGUUGCCGCAGGCUGGGAAAGAGGGAGAGGUCAGUUCUUGCGCAGGUUUUUAGAUCAUCCUUGCCAUGUGAAUGGAAACAAUAUUUUUCUUGA